CCUUAACGCUCAUUUCAACAGCACAGAAGAACAACACGUGAUAGCAAAGCUAGUGAAUACUUAUUAUACCUAGCCCGUGGUGAUCUAUAUAUUUUUAAAUUCUUCCUUAGAUAUAACAUCACAGAGACUGCUACUAUGAAGUUGCUAACGCAUAACAUGUUGACGUCGCAUGUGAAAGGAGUAACUAAAGGAUAUCCUCUGCUGAUCAAGGCGACAGAGGUCAAAGUGAAUGAAAUCGAGUUCAACCCUCAGUUUGUGAGCCGAAUGAUACCAAAGUUGGAGUGGAGCGCUUUAAUCCAAGCAGCUGAAGGGCUGGGAUACCUGCAGGAACUCCCCAGCACACCUGUAUCAAACUAUGAGAAUGAUGAAGACUUUUUACGCAAAGUGCACAGAGUCCUACUGGAGGUGGAGGUGAUAGAGGGGGCUCUGCAGUGUCCUGAGUCUGGUAGAGAAUUCCCCAUCUCAAGAGGAGUUCCCAACAUGCUCCUCAAUGAAGACGAGUCAUAGGAGAUGUCCCCACUCCCUUUUUGUUCAUAUGCAACAAACAGACAACACACCACAUUGCAGUUGUAUGUGAUUGCAGCAGAGUUUAAUCGCAUUGCAUUGAGUCGAGAUAUCAAAAAUCCAAACCUGGUCCUUAAUUUAAUAAGUUAAUCUUAAUGGCCAGUUCCACUGGUACUGGCCCUUGUUUCUUCAGUUCUUGUUUUUAUUAUGUUUUGUAAUAUACUUUUCAAUAAAAUCAUGUUACAACAUUA